GAAUUAAUGCUCCAACUUCACAAUCUAUGCUAAAUUAUGUGCUCUUGGCAUUAAUCUAUGGAGGUAUUAUGAUAUAUCGACGACAAGCGCUAGCUCUGCGUACUCUAGCCUUGAUUGUUCUCAUUUUACAAUUAAUUGGUUGUGUGAUUGGUUUUCUGAUUGCAAUGACUGUUUUUAUCUGCUGCUAA